AUGCGUUUCACGGCGGGCGUCCUGGUGGUAGCGUUCGCUUCCCUGGCUGCAGCUCAAUUCGAAACCCACCAAUGGGCGGACCGUAGCGGGAUUGUGCAUCUAUUCGAAUGGAAGUGGAACGAUAUUGCGGAUGAGUGCGAGCAAUUUCUCGCUCCGAAGGGAUACGCCGGUGUCCAGGUGUCCCCGCCAACUGAAAAUGUGAUCAUUCCGCCGAGGCCCUGGUGGGAGCGCUACCAGCCGGCUUCCUAUCAUUUGAACACCCGGUCUGGGACGGAGGAGGAGUUUGCCAGUAUGGUUUGGAGGUGCAAUCAAGUUGGAGUGCGGAUUUAUGUCGACCUCAUCAUCAAUCAUAUGGCGGCUACCAACGGUGUUGGAACUGGAGGAUCUCACGUAGAUUCGAGCGGAUUGGAUUUCCCAGCUGUUCCGUAUGGUAGUGCAGACUUCAAUCCACCUUGUGAGAUCUAUGACUAUAACGAUGCUUAUCAAGUCCGCAACUGUUGGUUGGUUGGAUUACCGGACUUGAAUCUGGGUAUCGAAUAUGUGCGGAAUCGAAUCGUUGAACUAAUGAACAAAUGCAUCGAUUAUGGCAUCGCUGGUUUCCGAGUGGAUGCAGCAAAGCACAUGUGGCCUAACCAGCUUGAAAUGGUCUAUGGAAGCUUAAAUAAUUUAAACACCCAACAUGGCUUCAAAUCGGGUGCGAAGGCCUUCAUUACGCAAGAAGUGAUUGAUUUGGGAGGUGGUGCAAUCAACAGAGAAGAAUACACUCACUUGGGCACAAUUACGGAGUUCCGGUUUUCAGCAGAGAUUGGACGUGUUUUCCGGGGUUACGACCAGUUGCGGUGGCUCUCGAGUUGGGGUGAAGGCUGGGGCUUUUUACCCUCUCAUCUGGCGUUGGUAUUCAUUGAUAAUCACGAUAAUCAACGCGGUCAUGGCGCCGGAGGCGAUAAUGUGCUCACCUACAAAACACCACGGAAUUACAAAAUGGCGACCGCUUUUAUGUUGGCUCAUCCUUACGGUAUACCACGUAUGAUGAGUUCCUUUGCUUUCGAAGAAAGCGACCAAGGGCCACCUCAAGAUGCUAACGGUAAUCUUAUUUCGCCGUCGAUCAACGAGGAUAACACCUGCGGUAAUGGAUGGGUGUGCGAGCAUCGGUGGCGCCAGAUGUAUAACAUGGUGGGUUUCCGGAAUGCUGUCCGCGGAACAGGGCUGAACGAUUGGUGGGAUAACGAAGGACAGCAGAUCGCUUUCUGCCGCGGUGGUAAAGGCUUCGUGGCGUUCAAUAACGAGGAGUACGAUUUCGACCAUCGUCUGCAGACCUGUCUGCCGGCGGGUGAAUAUUGUGAUGUAAUUUCCGGUAGCAAAAUUGACGGAAGCUGCACUGGUGGCGUGAUCCAUGUAGGAUCGGAUGGUUACGCCAACAUUUACAUUUCCAGUACAGCUUACGAUGGCGUGCUAGCUAUUCAUAUCAAUGCGAAGCUCUAG